UCAGAGUUGUGCAGAAUACAUAUAUUCAUAAGCUCGUGAUGAGGAGUCCGUUGCUGAGGAGUUUUGAUAAAAGGGUAGUUUGCAUAUUCUCUGUAGUGGGUACGAUCAUUGGUUCUUUGCUUGCUAGUUUCUGUGUGGCUGAUUUAUUUCAGGCGGAAGCUACAGCUAUUAGUGAAUCCGGCAUUCAAAGCAUAGUCAUUUCCAAGGACAUUAGAAACACUGCCUCUUGUAGGAGUAGGAAGCUAUUGCAGUACAAUGAUAAUGGAGACGGAAAUCGCAUAGGAACAUCAUGCUCGAAAGAUGACAUAGUGAUAUACCAAGGCUCAAUAACCCCACUUCCAGAUGGAGUUCCAUCCUACACAGUUCAGGUACUGAAUAUCUGUGACUGCAGUAUAUCCAAUAUUCAUGUCAGCUGUGGUUGGUUCAGCUCUGUUCGGCUGAUAAAUCCAAGAAUUUUCCGGCGAAUUUUCUUCGAUGACUGCCUAGUCAAUGACGGAGAGGCUCUUGGCCCUGGUGAAGCAAUUUCGUUCCAGUAUGCUAAUAGUUUUCGCUAUCCAUUAUCGGUUAUAUCUGUUUCUUGUUGCUGAAGCAAGUUUGUAUGCAGAAUGUGCUAUUUUGUAUAUGUUAUCGUGUAUUAGUUGACCACGUUGUCGGAAUGAUAUAAGCACACAAGUUACUGAAAUGAAAUAUGCUUUGUAAAGGAUCAUUUUCUUCUGCUAUAUUUUAGUUUCUGAACUUUGGGUGUUAUACUGUUUGCUAGC